UCCAGGCCAGGCCAGUAGCGACUCUGGGAGGGAGGAGGCAGAGGCACCAGCUGGACUCCUGGAGGAGCUGCCUGGCUUGGGAGGUUUUCCUGACCCAGGGAAGAGAUCAUCUACUGGAACCAAGAUCAGGAGCCCAGAACCCCCUUUCCCCAGGAACCCCAAUUGUCCAGAGAGAGUGAGCAUGGCUGAAGAGACCGGCUUCUUCCGUGUGGUGUCCGAGGAAGAACAGGAGCUUCGCGCCCAGCUGGCCCGGCUCAGCACCAAGGAUCAUGGGCCUGUCUUUGGCCCCUGCAACCAGUUACCCCGACACACCCUUCAAAAGGCCAAGGAUGAGCUGAAUGAGCUGGAAGAGAAGCGGGCCGAGGCAGUGCAAGAGUUGCGGGAAGUGGUGAGGGCCCAGGCCGAGUCCGGGCAGGCUCUGGCCCUUGCAGUGGCUGACAAAGUGCAGGACCAGGACAGCGCCUUCCUCCUGCGCUUCAUCCGAGCCCGCAAGUUCGACAUUGGACGUGCCUACGAGCUGCUCCAAGGUUACGUCCAGUUCCGGCUGCAGAAUCCAGAGCUUUUCUAUAACUUGAGCUCCGAGGCUGUUCGCUGCACUAUCGAGGCGGGGUAUCCGGGGGUUCUGUCCAGCAGGGACAAAGAGGGCCGUGUGGUCUUGAUUUUCAAGAUUGAGAACUGGGACAGCGAAGAGAUCACUUUUCAGGAGAUCCUACAGGCCUAUUGCUUCAUCCUGGAGAAGCUGCUGGAAAAUGAGGAGACACAGAUCAAUGGGUUCUGCAUUGUGGAGAACUUCCAGGGCUUCACCUUGCAGCAGGCGGCUGGGUUGCGAACUUCUGACCUGAAGAAAAUGGUGGACAUGCUACAGGGCUCCUUUCCAGCACGGUUCAAGGCUAUCCACUUCAUCCAUCAACCCUGGUACUUUGCCACUACCUACAAUCUGGUGAAACCACUGCUGAAAAACAAGCUGCUACAGCGGGUCUUCGUCCACGGAGAUGAUCUAUCUGGCUUCUUCCAGGACAUUGAUAAGGACAUUCUGCCCGAGGACUUUGGGGGAACCCUGCCUGCUUACAAUGGCAUCAUGGUGGCCGAGCAGCUCUUUGGUCCCCGGUCGUCAGUGGAAAGCACAGCCCUCUGAGGUGACCCCAUGACCUGCACCCUAUUUUUAGGGCCUGGUGUUAGAAACUAGAAGGGAAUGUUAAGUUUCUUUCCCAACAAUAAUGAUGCAGAACCCAAGGCCCUCUAAACCACAAUAUACCACUCGAGAUAUCUAGUCAUAAAAGGACAUGAUGAAACACCCUAGACAACAGCCAAUCAACUUCAACGUCAACUACCCAAUGGUGGAAAUAAAUGAUGGAAAUCAAUGGCCAAUAAAAGAAGCCUGAGAGCUCAGUAAGGGAUCAUUGCUUAACUGAGGAACCCCAGCAUGAUGGAAUAAAUUCCUUUGCAUUUGCAGUA